AUGGCAUCCCCCCUCUUCUCCCUACAGGGCCAGACUGCCGUCGUUACCGGUGGUACACGCGGCAUUGGCCAGGCAAUGGCCUUGGGUCUUGCCGAAGCGGGAGCCGACAUCAUCCUUGUCCAGCGAGAUAUCACAGAAACGACUACAAAGUGCGCCAUCGAGGCACUUGGGCGCAACGCGUUCGUGUACAAGGCCGACCUGGCGCUUCCGGAGCAGGUGGCCGGGUUGACGUCGACCAUCUUGGCUGAUGGCCAUGAAGUGCGCAUCCUUCUGACAUGUGCCGGCAUUCAACGUCGGCAUAAGUGCGAGGAGUUUCCCGAUCAUGACUUUGAUGAGGUGCGUCUCCCCUCGGCCUCGGCGCUCCUCUGCAGUUCGAUGAGUUGCGGCCGGAUAGCGAGAAGGGAGAGGCGACCGAUGGCUUCACAGCCAUCCUGUACGCCGCUCGUGGCGCCGUCCUCGAAGGCUGACAAGUCGUCCGACGGGCAGGUGAUGCAAGUCAACCUCCACGCCGUUUUCACCCUCACGCGCGACCUCGGAGCGCACAUGCUCUCGCUGGCACCAUCACCCACGACGGGCCGCUGCGGCAGCGUCAUCCAUGUCGCCUCCCUGCUGACCUUCCAGGGCGGGCUGACAGUACCGGCGUACGCGGCCUCCAAGGGAGCUGUUGGCCAGCUCACCAAGGCAUUUUCAAACGAGUGGGCGUCGCGCGGCGUUACCGUGAACGCCGUGGCCCCUGGCUACGUGGAUACGGAUAUGAAUACCGCCCUGCUCGCCGACGCGGCGCGGGAGGCGAGUAUCCGUGCCCGUAUCCCCGCGGGCCGUUGGGGGGUCCCCGAUGACUUCAAGGGGACUGUUGUCUAUCUUGCUAGUCGAGCCAGCGGAUAUGUGAGUGGACAUACGCUUGUCGUCGAUGGCGGAUGGAUGGGUCGAUGA